GAGUGAGGAAGGGGCGGGCUUUAAAAAGUUUCAGGAAGCCCGUGAGAAGCGGACUGCAGCAGCUGUGACGCUUCAGAAAGUGACUUUUGUUGUUAAAAGAGAUGGAAAGUGGGGCCUACGGGGCCUCGUUGGCCGGAGGUGCCUUCGACCUGGUGAACUUUGUGAAGCAGCCCCAGACCAUAACGCGGUUCCUGAGCUGGAUUUUCGCCAUUGUGGUUUUUGCAACCAUCACAGGCGAAGGCUACAUUAAUUCAGCUAAAGAACCAGAGGCAAGCUGCAUGUUCAACAAGAACGACAGCGCCUGCAGUUACGGGGUCACCAUCGGCGUUCUGGCCUUCAUCGCCUGUAUGGUCUUCUUCGCAUUGGAUGCGUACCAACCUCAGAUCAGCAACGCCAAAGAGAGGAAGUACAUCGUCACCGGGGAUCUGGCCUUCUCAGGAGCAUGGACGUUCCUGUGGUUCGUGUGCUUCUGCCUGCUGGCUCACCAGUGGGCGCUCACUGUCGACCGGUCCGGGGUGGCUGCGGACGCCGCUCAGGCCGUGGUCGCCUUCUCCUUCUUCUCCAUCGCUUCAUGGGCUGCGCUGGCGUUCUUUGCGUACAGAAGAUUCAGUCAAGGUGUGGACGCCUUUGAGCAGGAGUACAGAGAUCCAGCCCCCGUGGAUAACGCAUACCCCCCCACCUACCCGCCGUACCCCAACAGUGGUCCCGAGGGGUACCAGCAGUCCCCCUUCAGCAGCACCCAGGAGCAGCCUGGGGAGUACCAGCCCCCCGCGUACUGAGGGCCGCGGCCGCCACCUCCAAUGCACGUCCUUCUUUCUCCUUCCUGUUUGUUUUUUAAUAAAGAAGUGGCCACAGUUUAUCUGCUAUCGAGAGUUUUGCACUCCAUACGGAUGCUUCGAUGCUGAUAUCUUUCUUGCAAAAAGUAAUGUUUUGCAUUUGUUAAAGAUAUCAAAGGAUGUUCUUUUGUUUUUUGGGGGGAUUUUAUUUGGUGUAGAUGGGUAUUAUUUGAAUUAUACAUUCAUGUUUCAACAAUUGGCAUGCACCUGUAUCGGGACAUUCCCUACAAAACUAAAUAAGUAUUGAAUACCAUUCUCCAAAAAGGCCGUUAUGAUUAGUGUCACCUUGUGAGAUUUGAACGGGACUGCUGUUAAACUUAUCCUCUAUUUUGGGUUGUAGCUAUUGCAAGGGAAAUUGCUGAAUAAUGGAAAAUUACUUAUUUGUCAUAACUGGCUUAUAUAGAAUGAUAUAUAGUCAUUCUCUUGGCCCAAAUCCCUGUUAUUUAUUAGUCGACACUUGGAUUUUACAAUUUUAAAUAUACAUAGCAAUGUUAUUAACCACUCGUUUGAGGGCCUUUCGGCACUGAUUAAUAUGUUAUUUUUUUCAAUACCAUUAAUAGUAUAUGUACUAACAUUGUGUUUCAACAAGAUGCCAAAGCACAUCUGUAUAUAAGGUUGUAUUUUAUUUUCAAUCCAAGGUGGUUGUACAUUUAUCUUGUAUGCCUGCACGCAUUAAUUCAAAAUGAUGUGUUUUCUUAAAAUGUAUAGUCGAAGGAAAUGCAUAGUUGAUAAAAAAAAACGGCUUGCUGUGUUUAACAGCUACAUUGAAGCAGAUUUGGUGUUGCUAUACUUUGCUUGGUUUACUAUAUUACUCUCUUUCUGACAUCAGUUAGGAUUCCGUUCCCAUGUAUCCAUUGUUUUUGUUAAAGGACUUUUGAAUCAUUUUCCUCCAAGUGCCUUCCACGAUGUGCUGUGUUUCACACAAAGUUUGCCAAAUAAAACGACACAUUUUGAA